AUGCGCUUCUCGGCACUGCUCGUACCUUUGGGAUUGACCGGCGUCGGACUUGCAGCACCAUUCACUCCAGAUGGAGCGUCUCUUAUUGCGAAACGCCAAGCUCUGAGUGGUCUUUUUAAUGGCGUCAAUAAUGCGCUGGCUGUGACUGUCAGCGGACUGCUCGAUGAACUCAGCGACGCCUUGAGCAAAGGAGACAGGGGGAAAACACUUGAUACACUGCAGAAGCUGAAGCCUACCAAAAAGCCAAAGAGCGUUGCCGACGCCUCAUCUAUCACUGAAAGAGUCGCAAAGUCAGAACCGGAUAACAUCGUCGAGUACAGCGCGCGACUGAUAGCAAACGGUAUCGUCUCUGGGUCAACAGAUGAUCUACUGAGUUAUGCCCAAGGUCUUGGCUCCGCAGAAAACGGAAAUGACAACAAAAACCCUGAUCCGCCCAAGAGCAUCUACCCAAAGGCGGCAAGCUGCGAUGCGCCUUAUACAGUCAGCGAGGACAAGCUUAGGUCUGCCAUCUACAUCCCAGACACUUUUACCUACGGCAAAAAGCUGCCUGUGAUUUUGUUUCCUGGUACCGGAUCUACUGGGUGGACCGCAUUUCGGGGCAGCUUCAUCCCAUUGCUUACCGGUGUUGACUGGGCUGAUCCCGUAUGGGUCAAUGUGCCUGGACUUCUUCUUGACGAUGCGCAAAUUAAUGCCGAGUACGCUGCGUACGCGCUCAACUACAUCGCUUCCCUCUCGAAGCGAAGCGUUGCCAUCAUCGGUUGGUCACAGGGCAACAUCAAUACUCAAUGGGCAUUCAAGUACUGGCCAUCGACUCGCAAAGUCACGGCCGAUCACGUCGCCAUCAGCGCAGAUUACAAGGGCACUAUCCUAGCCAACUUUGUCGACGUGUCGGGAAUUACCAACGACCCGUCUGUUGUUCAACAAGAAGCUGGUAGCAAUUUCAUAAAGACUCUUCGUUCCGACGGUGGUGACUCGGGAUAUGUACCGACGACAAGUCUUUACUCCAGCUUCUUGGACGAAAUAGUCCAGCCGCAAGAGGGCACUGGGGCCUCAGCUUACCUCCUUGACGAAAGAAGCGUCGGCGUCACAAAUGCUGAAGUUCAGAAAGUUUGCGCUGGAAAGCCAGGCGGUUCAUUUUAUACGCAUGAGAGCAUGCUUAUAAACCCUCUUAGUUUCGCUCUGGCCAAAGACGCGCUCAUACAUGACGGUCCUGGAAAGAUCUCCAGGUUGGACUUGGGAGCAAUCUGCGCUUCAUCUCUGGCACCUGGCCUUGGACUGGAAGAUCUUUUGAUCACUGAGAACUCGAUUGUCAUUGCGGGUAUUACUCUUGUUACGUAUCUGCCCAAGGUGAAACAAGAGCCGGCGAUUAUGGAAUACGCUUUGAACGCAGCGGGGACGUGUUAG